AGUAAAAAGAAGAAAAAAAAUACUCACACGUGUGUGUGUGUGAGGACCCAUUUCUCAUUCGGUUUCUCUCCAUUCACUUCACAAAGCAGUUUUACUCUUCCGCCGCCGUGGCAGUGGCACGAGCUCGUGCAAUUCCCCCUUUUGUCAAGAGCUUCGUCCUCCUUUGCAUCUGUAGGCUCUGUCAUUGUUUAGUUGGUCCUUCCAGGUUGAGUAUUUGGUACAAUGAAGGUAAAGAAGGCUAAAAGAGAUCUGCAUACUGGGGAAAAGAAGAAGAAAAGGAACAGGGAACAAAAUGAUGAAGUAGAGAUACAAGCUACUGUGGAGGACGUUGAAGUGGAUAAUGAAAUACAUGUUAGUGACACAAAGAAGGAGAAGGCUUCUGUCAACAAAAAAAGGAAGAACAAGGACAAAAGUCUAGUUAGGAAACGAAAACCGAAGGGUGAAGAAGUUGAUUUGGAAGAGCAAAGCGAUGAAGUAGUAGAUAAUUGUCAUUCUAGUGCUGAGGAGAUACAAGACUUUGGUGGUCAUAGAGAUUUGGAUACUGGAGCAGUUACCAAACCCUGUCAAAGAAAGAUAAGAAAAAAAGAAAAAAGGAGGAUAGAAAUUCCCAGGAUAAAGGAGAAUGGUACAACAAUCUGAAGGAAGUUUAUACUAUUUCCUCCGUGGAUGAUGACUGCUCAAAAGGAAUGAAAAGUAUGAAUUGUUAAUAUUAAGCGCAUUUCUUUUUGAUUGAUUUAAAACUCCAAAACAUUAGACAUCCAUAACAUGUUUAAACAUUUAGAGAUAUCUUUCUUUCAAUCUGUUGACAGAAUGGAUUGUACUGCACCUUUGAAUUCUGUCCAGAUUUGUCACUGAUGUGUAGUUAAAUGGUAUUGUAAAAAGUAUAUUUACUUUCGUACUUAAAAGUUUUAGAAUAAAUUAAGUCUUUAGAUAAGUCUCG